GGGUGAAGAACCUGAAGCUGUUCCGUGUGAGAUCACUGUGGCAUGAUGCGGACAACGCCACUCAGAGGACAAAUAGACAUGACACCACCCUCAUCUUUUCAGAUGAAAAUGAAAUGGAUGUGACAGCUAGUCACACUGCAGUGAUUACACGGGACCUGGAAAGCAAUGAGGCUGACAAAACGGAGAAAAUAGACAUCACGUGGUUUCUGGCUCAGUUAAACUCAAACAAUGGAAAGGCACAAACAAGCAAAGAAUUCCAAUUUUUCUCUGACCCUACAGACCAUUCGUGCCUGUCUUUUGAACAGAAGGAAGAUGCUACUGCUGUAAAAAAAAUAAAUUUCAGUGAAUUUUUGAUGAGCUUGAAGUCAAACGAAAAGGCAUGCGAUCCUAUUGAGGGACCUGAGAAAGAGAAUGUUCUUUUUGUCCCUUCGCCAGUCUCGGAAGAUGUGGCACAAUCGUUGGUGGAGUUUGUAUAUUCCCAUGAACCACCGGACACCUGCAAUGCAACACAGGUCUUUAGAGGGCAGGAUGGUGGAAUGGAAAUGACAAAAUGCCAGGCUUCUGAGGUGAGAGCUGUGUUUUCUGGUACUUGUGAAGCUCCACCAGAGCAGCUGGUGUGUGCGGACGUUACGGAGGCAUUCGUAGAUGACGGAAUGGAUAUGACCACUAGUCACACUGCAAAAGUGUCUUUUCCCUUCUCCAGUGUCGGGAAUCAAAAUCUAAACUUCCAAAAGGAUUUCCCAUCCACAGAAGGUGAAAUAGAUUCCUCCCGCAUGAAAGACCUGGAUGGGGAAUACUGUGCAAAAUCCAAGGGGAGCAACAAGGGUAGUAGGCAGAACUUCAGCCCUUCUCAGUUCAUAGCAGAAGAAUUUCUUCCUGUCUGCCUGGAAGAAAUGGAUUCCAAUGAAUCUGUCAGCUCUGAACUCAUGGAAAGUGCUUGCAAUGAGAGGAGAAAAAAACAAACCUCCCACCAUGAAAAGAAUCAAUCUGAAGAGACAAAAACUUGCAACACGAAAAGAGCUUUGGAACAAGAGGAGGAGGAUCUUCAAAGCCCAAAGAAGGUCAAGAGGGAUGAAAAUUUGGAGGGUGAGGCUUCUCAGGACUUGCAGGUUACUUUUGGCACUGUGUCUCAAAGCCAAGCAGAAGUUCAUGAAGGGGAAGAUCCUCCAAAUCUGUCGGCUAAAAGCCCUGACUGUGCUCCUGCCAGCACCAGCGGCUCUCUGGAUUCUGUCAAGGCUGACACAGAACUAACAAGUAAGACUGGUCGGAGCAGUCAGAUGGAGUCUCGGCUUCUCACAGAUAGCAUUUGUGAAGAUAACUUGUGGGAGAAAUUUCAGAAUGGCGUUAUCACGGUUGGGGAGUUUUUUACACUUCUUCAAGUCCAUGUUCCGAUUCAGAAGCCCCGGCACAGCCAUAUUCCAGCCAGUUGUGCGGUCAGCACACCACCUACUCCAGAAGACCUCCUUUACAGCCAGUAUGUUUAUCGCCCCAAAGUGCAUGUUUAUGAAGAAGAUUGCCAGGCCCUUGCUCAGAAGAUAGAGGAGUUAAAACCGUAUGUAAAUGUCCUGGAUCAGCUCCUGGUGAAUGUGAAUAAGACUUUGUGGGAAGUAAUGAGAACCUGCUCUGAUGACGAGCUGAAGAGCUUUGGAGCAGAAUUGAACAAAAUGAAAUCCUGUUUCACCAAGGAGAGUAAAAUCUUGGCUCACAAUGAGAAGGUGACACUGUACAGCAAGUUGCUGCAGAGUGCGCAGGAGCAGCAUGGAAAGCUGCAGUCAAGAAUAGAGAAGGUGGAUGAAGCGCUGAAGGAGGCAGAGAGCUGUCUUCUCGCUCUGGGAGUAGAUGCUGACUGGGAAGAACGGGAAGGAGAUGGCAGUGAUGAAGUGGCAGGAGGGAAACACCUAAAGGAAGAGCUGGAAAGCAUCAAAGCCCAAGAAGAGGAACUUCAAAGGGAACUGUCAGAUCUGGAGACUCAGAAUGAGCAAAUGCUCGCCGAGAUAAACCAGCUAGAGGAAGAAACAAAAUGCUGGCAGGAGCUUGUGGAGAAAUACGACUUCACUGAGUGGGAGAUUACUGAAUGGAGUCAAGAGCAGGCAGUCUUUACCUUUCUUCACGAUUCUAUUGAACUCACCGUUGUGUUUGGACCCCCAAUAGAUGGUGACGAAUUUGGUGAAGAUCCUUCCAGGAAGAUCGUUAGCCUGAACUUCGAAUCUCUCCUGGAUGAUGAAGAAGCUCCGCCGUCCUCAUGUUUGGUCCUAAGACUCAUCUUCCAGUUUAUUGAAAGUCAGGGAUGCUGGCAGGAAAAGUGUCCCACCCUGCACUACUUACCCCAGGUUCUUCAUGACGUCUCUCUGGUGGUGAGUCACUGCAAGAUCUUGGGAGAGGAGAUUGAGUUUCUGGAGAGAUGGGGUGGAAAAUUUAAUCUGCUGAAGACCAAUAUCAGUGACACAAGAGUGAAGCUUUUGUUCUCCUCGUCCGUAGCUUUUGCAAAGUUUGAGUUGACCCUGUCUCUGUCUGCCGACUACCCAUCUGCUUCACUGCCUUCUACUGUCCAAAAAUACAUUGGGAAUAUUGGGGAGGAGGAGAUUUCUGCUGUUCUCUCCAACGUACCGACUGGUCACCACUAUCUGCGGAGAAUAGUCAGCUUGAUUCAUCAAAAUUUGCUCCAGGAUCCCAGAUGA